CCAGCGAUUAAAACGUGCGGACCCCAUGACUCACUGAUCCAAAAAGUCGCUGAUCCUUGCGCUCUUUUUAAUUUCCUCUAAACUGCGAUGCCUUUAAAUCUUUUCUCAGUCAGCAGUUGCCUUUUAAAAUGUUUGAAAUCUUUUCAUUACAACCCGCAAAGAGGAUUUAGAGGUGGAGCAGCUUCCUUAAACUCGGUGAGCUUAAAAGGUCGCAGUUGUCUCACACUUAAAGAUUUCAGCUCCGAUGAAAUCAAGAGGCUGCUGUGGGUAUCAGCGGACCUCAAGCAUCAGAUAAAACAUGGAAAGCAGUAUCUGCCUCUUCUGCAAGGAAAGGCGAUUGCAAUGAUAUUUGAGAAGAGGAGCACCAGAACAAGAAUGUCCACAGAAACAGGUUUUGCUUUGUUGGGUGGACACCCCUGCUUCCUAACCUCACAGGACAUCCACUUAGGAGUAAAUGAAAGCUGCACCGAUACGGCAAGGGUUCUCUCUGGACUUUGCGAUAUCGUUUUGGCACGGGUUUACAGUCACUGCACACUGGAGGAGCUGGAUCGAGAGGCUUCCAUCCCCAUCAUUAAUGGACUCUCUGAACUUUAUCACCCCAUCCAGAUUCUGGCAGACUUCCUCACCUUACAGGAGCAUUAUGGGUCUCUUAGUGGACUUACAGUGAGCUGGAUUGGAGAUGGAAACAAUGUCCUCCACUCCUUCAUGAUGACUGCUGCCAAACUGGGGGUUCAUCUAAAAGUUGCCACACCAAAGGGUUAUGAACCAGACAAGGGUGUAACUGAAGAGGCGCAGAGGCUGUCCAAACAACACGGGACCCAACUUGUUCUGACCUCAGAUCCGAUGGAGGCUGCCCAUGGCAGCAAUGUAUUGGUCACCGACACCUGGGUCAGCAUGGGCCAGGAAGAGGAGAAGAAAAGGAGGCUAAAAGAUUUCCAUGGCUACCAGAUUACAAUGGAGGCAAGCAAGAGGCUUGUUUUAUUCAAACUUUCAGCUAAAUUACUCUAUAGUGCCUUCUCAUACAUAUCACUUGAGCCUUUUCCUAUAUUUUCUCAUGUUACUACCACCAAAUGGUGCAGUGUUACUCAUUUUCCUGAGGCUGAGAAUAGGAAAUGGACCAUCAUGGGUUUGAUGGUUUCUCUUUUGACCGACUACACUCCACAGAUCUCUAUGCCAAAGUUUUAAACUUAAGGUGGAAUUUAUUUUGGACCUACUGAUGAAGCAACAUGUGUUAGCAAAAUUUGUGUUUACUUUUAUAAUUGUUAUAUUUAUUAACAAGGAAACAGUUUCUGAGUUAUUACAAUUUAUUUCCAUCUAUCUGAACUCGAUGGAGGGUGCCAGCAAUAUAUUAAAGGAUUGUGUGAGUUGUGAUUGAUUCAUGUUGUAGUAAGGUCACAACUUUAUCCAAAAGCGUUAAAAUCCAUUUUGAGAGAUAAUUUUGUUAGAUUAACCUGAGUUCAGUUCAGACGUUGGUCUGAUUUGUUUUGUGCAAGUGCGACACCAAGUGGUCAAAGUCAGUAACGCGUCCCGGUGUCUGAUUGGAAGACGGUAGAUGACGUGUUUUGCUUGGGAUGGGAGUUACG